CUCGAUUUUGGGCGUGGUCUUGCCUGCAAGCAAGUCCUUCGAUUUGUGUUUUGGCUUGCUUCUUGUGUGUUUUGUGUUGGCAGUCCUCACACUCACCCCCAUUCGUCUUCGUCGUCACACAUUUACCAAGCAACAACAGCAACACUCAGCACUCAACAAGGACAGGCAGGCAAGCAAGCAGAGCCGAGUGUAAACAGAAAAGCACGAUAGAGCAGCGAGAGAGCGACCAAACAAGCAAACAGACAGGCAGAGGAGGCACAAGGACGAUGGCGUGUGCUUUGGUGCUCCUCAGGGCGAUCGCCUUUGCUGCCACAGUCAGUGUGUUGCUCGCCUUCAGCGUCCAAGACGUCAAUGCCGAAGGAAGCACAACACCGGCGUUUUUCCAGGAUGUUAGCUGCGAUCUUUUGGAUGGUGAUGAUGCUGGGCCGUACCACAUCUCGGAUCCCAGCAAGCCCAUCGACGGAAGCCUGUGCCCAGGCGACGCUGAUUUGUAUUCCGUUGACGUGUGUGCAGACUGCAGCUUCGUCGUGAGGUUGCUUUUCACACAUGACGUGGCAGAUCUCGACCUGAGUGUUGGCGCAAACGACAUGGGAUUGGGAUCGUCGGAUUCCGUGAGCGACAACGAGAUUGUGAUCGUAAAUGACUAUGCUGGUGGCACUGUCGACAUCGAGGCGUAUCAUUACUCAGGCUCCUUUGCCAAGUACAGGCUCACUGUCACCAUCAGUGCCCCAAACUGUGGAGAAGAUGAUUACGAGCCCAACGAUAGUCUUCAGGACGCGUUCUUACUGUCCGCGGCCGGCACUUUUGUGCUUGGAUACACGUGCGAGGAUGAUGUGAUUGAUCUCUUCAACAUCACCCUUUGCCCCAACUGCAGCCUGUCCGUGGGCCUUGCUUUCGACUCCUCGAAGACUGAUCUCGACCUCUACUUGUUUGACGACGCGGGUGCGCUGCUGAACCGCUCUGCUUCCUUCAGCAGCACGGAGCAUGCCUCCUUUGACAACACCCAGGACAGCAACCAGACCGUGGCCAUCCUCGUCUUCUACUACGACGGUGAUUCCACCUCUUACCUUGCCGGAGUGUCGGUUGAUUCGAGCAAUGUUGAGCAAGUCACAUCAACGCUUCGCAGCCAGACCCAGAGCACCGAGUUCAUCGGCUCGGAAGACGUGUCAAGUGUGAUUCAAGUGGUGGAGUCUGUUGGUGCCACAGUCAACUCUUCGUUGAGCUCCCAGUCCCUGGUCAACAUUUCAACGAGUUUGACUGAGGUGGUUGAUGGUCUUUUGGCUGUUGAUCCUGAAGUGGUUAAGAAGGCAGAGCAGCAACGCACACAGUCCAAUUCCUCAGCCUCACUCCCUGGCGUGUUUGGGACGACGCUGAACAACAUUGCCAAAUCCCUUCCACCAGGCACAAAGCAAGUGAGCCGCCGCACUCGUGUGGCGACGGCUGCGUUCAACUUCAAGACAGCAACCACGCCUGUUGAGUUCCCCGAUCAGACAUACGACAGCGGCGAGACGUUGUGCCUUGACGACAACUGCACCAAUGAUCCUCUCGCCAAUACGGAGGUGCUUAGCUUUCAGAACCUAACGCUGGAGCUGAUCCCUUCGAACCCAUCGCGAUACUACAGCUUUGCCGUUUACGAAACGGCGAACCUGUUUGUCAGUGACACGGUUGCUUCAGAGUCGAGCCAGGCCGGCUCCAACCAGCCCUUCAUCUCAACGGCGGUCGUGCUUGCACAGAGCGGCGAUGACACCGCGUUUAAUGGCACGAUUCGGUAUCGUGUGAGCAAGACGACCACGGGUAGUGGUGACACGGACCAAUGCGUGUUCUGGCAAUUCGCGGCGGGAAGCACCACCACUGGCCAGUGGGACACCUUUGGGUGUCAGCGCACCAACAACACCAUGCUACCAGAUUCGGUGGUGGAAUGCGAGUGCAACCACUUGACCAACUUUGCCGUUUUGACGACAUCCGCAGCCACGCAGCUCUCAAGCACCGACGAGUUGGCGCUGACAGUCAUCACAUACGUAGGCAUUGCCGUCUCCGUUCCCAGCCUGCUCAUCACCUUCAUCGUGUUUGCGUCCUACUCUGCGUUGCGGACGCUGGGGCGGAUCAUCAUUAUGCACCUGUGCCUGAACCUCGCCGCCGCCAUGCUGCUGCUCGUCUUUGGUGCGGAUCGCACCAGCAACAAGGACGUCUGCACGGGCAUCGCCAUCGCCUUACACUACUUUCUCCUCACGUCAUUUCUGUGGAUGCUGAUGGAAGGCAUCAACCUCUACAAGAUGUUCGUGACCGUGUUUGACUCUGUUGGUUCGGCGCGUGGGAAGCAUGUGCGUCUGGCCGUCAUCUCUUACGUCGUUCCCGCCGUCAUCGUCAUCGUCACGGGAGCCGUACUUGGCCUUGAUGCGUAUGGCACAGAUGACGUGUGUUGGUUGUCCUACGACAAUGGGGCACUGUGGGCGUUUCUCGGCCCCGUUUGUCUGAUUGUCGCCGUCAACAUUGUGGCGUUUGUGCUGAUUCUCCGAUCCGUAUUGGGCAUCGGCCUGUCUUCGUCGUCCAACAAAACCAGGACCUUGCUUGUUCGCGGGUUCAAGAUCAGCUUGUGCUUCUUCUGCGUGAUGGGUAUCACGUGGGUGUUUGGCAUCCUGGCGCUGACGGGCGACACGGCCUUCCUGUACCUCUUCACCAUUCUCAACGCCUUCCAGGGCUUGUUCAUUUUCGUGUUUCACUGUCUUCGUGACAAGUUGGUGCAAGACACGGUGCGCGGUGGCAAGUCUCAGCUGCCGAGCUUCCUCACAGACAGCAGUCAGCAGCAUCAUCAUCAGCACCCACAUAACAGCAUGCCAGAGCAUUCUACAGCCGCCACCUUUGUGUCAAACCCAAAAACAGAGACAAUGGAUUCCACCAAGGCCAUGCCAUCGGAAGGCGUGGAUACGAUGAUGGAACGCAGCGAAGCACCCACAAUGGAGACGGCACUCGUGCGUCCGCUCAACCAAGGCGACAGAGAUUCGCUGCAUGAGGAGGACGAGCAAGACAAUGAUGACAACAAGAGUAAUCUGUCGGACGACAAGCCUGUGCGCGGCAGUGGCGACGAUGGUGGCGACGGUGCAUGGACGAGUGACGCCGGCACAGAGCAACCACAGCAACAGCAGCAAGAGGCACCCGUUGGGUUUGCAGCGUUUGCGGUGGAAGAAGCCAAAUAAACCCUUGUUGGGUGGCGAGUGAUGGGAGUGCUAGUUGUGCUGGCGAAUAUGCGCUCAAUGAUCUUACUUCUUCCUUCAGUUUUGCCCCGCGUUGCAGCACAUGUUGCACAUUGUGUCUUCAUCUCCAUGCUUGCCUGCAUCCUGUUACCCUCAUGUGCAUGUGCGCAACCGUUGACGGAAGGCUGCGCGCUGGUUGUUUUGGCCACAGCUCCAGCUCCCUGAUGAUGCUUCAACCUUGCAUGACACACAUACAACCUUGGCC